GGUUUCCCACGAGGUCCGCAACCGGAGAAGUCUCGUGUGGAUGUGAAAAGACACCCGGGCUUGGAGGAGAACGGAAGUAAAUCCCACGGAAAACUGUCGCUCGACGACAUCCUUCCUGUGAAAGACGAACAAUGUCAAAGUGAAACGAAAGAAGUGAGAAGUGAUGAAAAGGAAGUGAAGCUCGAACAAGUCGUCUUCAGCACUUCUGACACAAAAUGCCUGGGAUCAAAACACUGCUUCUAGAUGCACUUCAGGAUCUGACAGAGCCUGUCUUGAAAGACUUCAGAUGGCGUCUGAGCAACAGCAUGGAUUCAGGCAUUCCGCCAAUACCUGUAAGCAAGCUUGAGAACACUAGCCGCUAUGAUAUUGUGGAUGUCAUGGUGCAGCGGUAUGGUGCUUCAGAUGCUGGGACGAUUGCUGUCAAAGUUCUAAACUUAAUGCGACAGAACGAACUGGCCAGUAAACUAACUGGGAAUCUCCAGAGAGUGUCUUCAGACUCAGAAGAAGCUGGUGCUGGUGCCGGUGCCGGUGCUGGUGCUGGUGCCGGUUCCGGGGCUGGAGCGACAUCUGGUGCUGGUGUUCAGACUUCAGGGGUUUCAGUUAAUAUACAGUCCUCCAAUGGAGCGAGUGUCAAAGCCCCAGUCCUUCAUGGUGGUGUUUUUAAUGGCCCAGUAACAUUUAAUUAAAUCUAUCUAUCUAUCUAUCUAUCUAUCUAUCUAUCUAUCUAUCUAUCUAUCUAUCUAUCUAUCUAUCUAUCUAUCUAUCUAUCUAUCUAUCUAUCUAUCAAUCAUCACAGUGCUAGACACAAUCAUUAUUUAAUUUAAAUUAAUCAUUAAAUUUUAAUUUUUUUCUACUAAAUUUUGUUGCAGUACUGUUUUUAUAUAUUUUCUCAGGGACCGAAUGUUCUUUGUAACAUUUAUUUUACUGUACAGAUGCAAAUAAACAUCUUCUGAUGAACAUCA